UCACGAAGCGGUCAAGGAGGGAAAGAGAAGAAAAAGGAAACCAAGACGUCCAGAACCGUGUGUCGUCGGUGUGUGUAGAAGAACCGCCGCCGGUGGAGAAGGAGGCAGAGAGAGAAUGCUCGCCCGGACCCUCGCCGGCCGCGUCCACCCCCUCCUCGCGGCCGCGUGCCUCCGCGGCUACGCGCCCCGCGCGGUGGAGGCGGCGGCCGCCGCCGCCGACGUCGUCGUCGUCGACGACGAGGAGCCCCCGCCGCGCCCCGCGUCCUCCUCCUCCGCCGCAAUCGCGGGCACCGCGCCCACCGUCCUGCAGCCGCGCGUGCUCAUCUACGACGGCGUCUGCCACCUCUGCCACCGCGGGGUGAAAUGGGUGAUCAAGAGAGACAAGCACGCCAAGAUCAGGUUCUGCUGCGUCCAGUCCAAGGCCGCAGAGCCGUACCUGAGAUUGGUCGGCAUGGACAGGGAGGACGUGCUGCGACGCGUCCUCUUCAUCGAGGGGCCUGAGGCCUACUACGAGGGAUCAUCAGCUGCUUUGAAAGUUGCAUCAUACCUGCCUCUCCCCUACUCAGCUCUGAGCUCCUUGAUCAUCAUCCCUGCUCCACUGCGGGAUACAAUCUAUGAUUACAUUGCAAAGAAUCGCUACGAUUGGUUUGGGAAAGAUGAUGAGUGUAUCGUUACCAAGGACAAGGAGCUUCUCGAGCGCUUCAUCGACAGGGAGGAAAUGCUUGGAGGUGGUCCAGGCAACAGCUUCUAAUGAUCACAGAUUUUGCUGCCCUAGCUCCACUUCACAGAUCCAGUUGUAGGUUUAGGCACAGAGAGAGAGAGAGAGAGAGAGAGAUGUAAAUAAUCUUCAAGUUCAUGUAGGUACUCAUGGUUGGUUUUCUUGACUUUUGAUUGUUGACGCCUACAAAUUUGGUACCACUAGUAGUUUCUGCCUUUCUGGUAUGCAGCAUUAUCAUAAGAUAGUCUGCAUGCAUAACUUGGAUAGUCAAUGUCAAGAGAAAAGAGUUUUGGGGUUCUGAUUACUAUCUCAGUGUAGCAGGAUAAGAACUGCCUUUGACCUGUCAAAUUUCACCAGAGCAUUCAAGAUGAACCACAGUUUGCCUCAAUUCAUGGGUGUUUUGUGUUCAUUUGUUGAUCUACUGGGAUAUGCUUUAACACCACUUCUUUGCCUGUCUGUUGUCAUGUAUGGCAGUUUAUGGUAAU